AACCCAACAGCUCAUCAUUUGCUCGCCCCUCCGCUGCCCUAUUUAUAGCGCACAACCCCGCCGCCGCAUGCCCAGACCAGACCAGAUCAUCACACCACCACCAUCUCCACCACCGGGCACUGCCAUCGUCCUCCCUCCCGCUCCGGGGAGCUCCCAGAUCGGAUCGGGCCGCGCCGGAGAGAGAUCGACGAUGCAUCGCGCCGCCGCCGCCGGCCUCGACCUGGGCCUCGGGCUCGGCCUCGGGCUCGCCUCCCAGGGCAGCCUCACGUCCUCCACCACCACCGCCUCCUCCUCCCCGGCCUCGCACUGGACCGCCGCGCUCAGCUCCGUCGUCGGCCCGCAGGAGUCGUACGGGCUGCACCAGUACGCCGGCCACAACCAGCCGCGGAAGGAGGAGCCGGGGAUGAGGACGUCCACGUCGCCCGAGAGCGGCGUCAGCGCCGGCACCAAGAGGGGCCUGGAGCGCACCGGCUCCGGCGUCUCCCGCGCCGCGGGCAGCGACGAGGACGACGACGGCGGCGACGGCGCCGGCGGCCGCAAGAAGCUCCGGCUCUCCAAGGACCAGGCCGCCGUCCUCGAGGAGUGCUUCAAGACGCACAGCACGCUCAACCCCAAGCAGAAGACGGCGCUGGCGAACCGGCUGGGGCUGCGGCCGCGGCAGGUGGAGGUGUGGUUCCAGAACCGCCGCGCCCGCACCAAGCUGAAGCAGACGGAGGUGGACUGCGAGUACAUGAAGCGCUGGUGCGAGCAGCUCGCGGAGCAGAACAAGCGGCUCGAGAAGGAGGUGGCCGAGCUCCGCGCGCUCAAGGCCGCGCCGGCCGUGCACGCCCAGCAGGCCGCCCCCGCCGCCACGCUCACCAUGUGCCCCUCCUGCCGCCGCGUCGCCGCCACCACCGCCGGACCGGCCGCCACGCAGCACCAGCACCAGCAGCCGCAGCAGUGCCACCCCAAGCCCGCCGCCCAGCCCGCCGGCAACGUCCUGCCAAGCCACUGCCAGUUCUUCCCCUCCACCACCACCGCCGCCGCCCCCGACCGGUCCGGCAGGCAGCAGGGCGCGUGGAACGGCGCCGCGCAGCCGCUCGUCACCAGAGAGCUCUUCUGAGACGACGAGAUCUCGCUCUCGCCGCCGGGGUCCAGCCGAGGCGAUUAAUUAGGAGAUUCGAUCAGGCGGCGGUCGAUUGGGUCAAUCAAGUAAUCAAUUGGCAAAUCAGUCAGCCGAUCGCCGGAAAAAGAUUUGAUUUGGUUUGGUUUGGUUUGGAUAGUAGUAAUUAGCAGCGCUAGCGAUCGAUCGAUGGUUUGGUUUCGGUUAGUACGUAGUAAUUUUCGGUUUGAUGGAAUUUUCGGUUUGGUUUCCUUUCCUUUUUUCCUUUCGGAUUCGAUGGAAUCGAACCGACGACGAACAAAACAGAAAGAAACAGAUUAGUAAGGAGGAACAAAUGGCUGUCCGCUUUUUCCUGGACGGCGUGUACCCAUCCACCAAACCCUGCCGGUUGUUGGAUUAACAGCUUGUUGAUUGAUUUGUACUA